AGUAGGCUCCUCUCAGGCAUAUUUUAAGCCCGAGCAGCUGGUGCUGUAGACACCAGCGCCGGCUUCCUGGGCAGCUCCCAAGGGACCCGGGGCCCUCCUCUGGCGGCUCCCACAGCACGACCACUGGCAGAGACACAAUGGCUGCAGUGGUUGCUGGCCCCACAGCGAUGCCCAGGGAGGCUGGAGAAGAUGCUGCGGUGAAGGCAGACACCUCUUCCCCCAGGGAGCCCAUCGACCUCAAUGGCAAUGACCUGGCAGAGAUCAACCUGCACUCGGUGGACUCCAUCAGCGACCUGUAUUGGGUGUCUGGGGGCCACAAGGCUGCAGAGGGGAAUGGCCCAUCUCAGUCCACUACCCCACAGACCCCUCAGGCCCACUCUACCAAGCGCCGUGUGGCUGGGCCAGCCCUCCUGCCGACAUUGCGAGCUGUCAGCACCAUCCCCAUCUGCCCCUACUUCCGCCCUUCCUGCUGCCGCACAGCCCUCUUUGCCCUGCUCGGCGGCCUGGUGCUGGCCAGCCUCGCCCUCGCCAUGCUGGCCGUGUACCUGAGUGUCCUGCAGAGUGAGUCACUGCGAGUCCUGUCCCAGUGGCUGGAAGCCCAGGAGGAGUCCGUAGGGCAGAUGAAGGCCACAAGCCUGCAGCUGUGGAAGCGGUUGAAUGUCAGUGAGGCCAAGGACUAGACAUGAGCUACGCAGCCCGGCCUGCUCCUCCCUCUGAUGGGGGAGGUCAGAAGCCAAGCACUACCUCCUGCACCCCAGGGCAAGGAGACAGCACCCCCUCUCUGCGGGGAACAGGGACUGACCAGGGGCAAGGCCAAGCAGUCCUGGCCUCAGGGGGCCAUUGCUGGAAUGCUGGGGUCUGGUGCAGCAGCAGGCAGCCUGCAAAGGACUAAAGGGGGGGAGGGGUAAUGAGAAUCACCAUCAUUACUCCUCCCCGCACCCUGUUUAUUAUCCUCUCCAGUCACACCUUAUUUAUAACCCCUCCCCCUCUAACAGCAGUUUCUCCCCUCAGCACUAUUUAUCCUUUCUAAAUACAGAUUUUUUUAUGUGACAAAGCUGUGCUAGCACCCACCCUCAUCAACCCCCUCCCUGCAACAGCCCCGUGGGAGCUGGCUAUCAGCUGCUUCGAGCAGGCCAGGAAGCUGCUGUGGUUAGAGUUCAGGGCAUGGCCCCCACCUGGACUGGUUCUGCCCCCAAGGAAGAGGCCAUGCUCAGAGCCCUCCAGGUGUGGGCACCUACCAAACUGCCUGAGCUUAGGCACACCCUGAAGCUGCUCUAGCUUUGCUGGGGAGGGCUGAAACAGGUGUGCUACAGGGGUCCCAGCUCAAUGGUGGCUGGGGGAGCCUAGGGCUCCGGCCAGAUGGGAGAGGCAGUUAGACCAGAAACGGCAGCCACUGGAGCCUGACCUUCCAUGGCUGCAGAAAGCAAGAGCCCCUGAGGGCUUGUUUGGGCCUUCAGGCCUUUUCUGUAGAGAAUCAGCCCCAAUUCUCUUCCCAUGUUACCUGGGCUGCAGGAUGAGAACCACAGUGCCCCCUCCCCAGCCAUUGCCCAGCACCUCCUCCACAGAGUAGGGCCAGGAGCAGAGCCCCAGGUGCGCAGUGCAGGGCUGGGCAGCAGCUCCAACCCCACACUGUGGCCAGGCAGCCCAGACUCUGCUGUGCAACCCAGGCAGGCAGCUAGGACCCCACACCCAGGCCACGUGAAGCCCGUGUUGAGAACCACUGCCUUAGCCCCUGGAAGUAUUUACUAAUGGGCAAGGUCCAUUCUCCAGCCCUUGCAAUGUUCACAUCAAGCCGGAGUGUUUUCCUAGCAGCUCUGCUCUGGGGAUUAGUGGGGCAGGGCUGGGGCCUGUGUUACACAGGUGGUCAGACUGAAUGGAGGCAGAGCAGUAGAGAGCUCCAUGCUAGCUUC